AUGCGGGCUUACAUGUGGCUUAAUGACGACUUUGAGCAAGAUGAAAUUGUUUGCCCAUUCUCAUAUAACCGAUGGGGUACCGGUCCUAUUCCGCAUGUGUCCGAUUAUGCGGCAACUACGUUUGAGGGAAUGAAAGAUAAGAGUCUAAACGACUUAAAUUAUCGUGCUGCUGGGAAUACUCUACUUCAUGAAAGCCUCCAUUCCCGUACCAUCGUUCGUUUUCAGAUACGUGAGUUUCUAUCUGCGAUGUGCGAUGAUUAUCAGAUAGGUCCCCUUCUCCCGUUACUUCAACUCCUACAUCGCUAUCGGAUUAUCAGCCGCAUCAAACUGGCAUACUGGCUACCUUCGACGGUGAUGACUGCGAAACCAUCGCCAGAAAAUUCGCCAUCACAAAAGACCAAUUCUACACCUGGAACCCAGCAAUUUGGAUUAACCUGCAAGUACAUCCGGAAAAACAACUACAUUUGCGUCGGCAUCUCCGGCUCACCCACGUCACGCACCACCUCUUCCAUCCUCACAACAGCAACAACCACAUUCCUCACACCCACCGCAGGAACAGGCACAGCCCCAUCGCCCACCCAAUCCGGCAUUGCCCCCGACGGCGUAACCUACUACAAAGUUCAAUUCGGCGAAAACUUCUGGGUCAUUGUGAACGAAAAAUACACCUACCUCACACUCGAUCAGUAA